AUUGCAAAUCUUACCUCAUAUAGUCUGUUCUAGUUCACCAAAGCCUCCAUUAGAGUUUAUCAUCCAAAUAAACAAAUGAAAAAAUUUAUCUUUAUAAAUUAGUCCCUUCAGUUCAGUAAAAACUAGAUAAUCUAAAGCUGUUAUUACAUAAUUCUGUAACUGAGUAAAAAAGAUAAGAGACUUUAGUAGCACUUUCAAGAAUCCAUCCUUUACUAUAAUCCAACAUGGCCUCAAGGGGAAUCAUGAACUAUACAGGUCUAGUGAUUCUCCUUGUGGCCAUGUUGUGGGCAAGAGCCAUGGCUCAGUCAGGCUGCACCAGUGUGAUCAUUGGCCUGGCUCCUUGCCUAAACUAUGUAACUGGAAGCUCAUCAACUCCAUCUUCUUCUUGCUGCUCGCAACUGGCUACUGUUGUUCAAUCACAGCCACGAUGUCUCUGCACUGUGCUAAAUGGGGGUGGUGCAUCAUUAGGUGUUAGUAUUAAUCAGACACUUGCUUUAGCACUUCCCGGUGCCUGCAAUGUGAAAACUCCGCCUGUUAGCAAGUGCAAUAAUGCUUCUCCAGUGGGUUCUCCUGAAGGUUCACCAGGCGAUUCUUCAACAGGAGCAAUUCCAGAGACUGGAGUUAGCGGUUCUAAUGGCCUCACCAUGGAUUUCACCCUACAGCUUGUUCUCUUUGCUAUAUUCAUGGCAUCAACAUUUAGCAGCUUCUAGUUCAAUUUGGGGUGUCUUUGAGCUUCCACUAUAUAUAUAUAUAUAUGAAAUCUUUAUACGUGUGUGUGCUUGUUUUAUGGUGUUAUAUCUCUACAGAAGUUUGUUGUGCGAUUUGCUUAAUGUUGUUUGAGUGGUUUAUGUUUGGUUAAUCUGUUGUAAGACUUGCUUCCCGAUAUUAGUACUAUAAUAAAAAGCAAGCUUUUGAGUUUA